CCUGUCCAUCACAUCCACACUCAGUGAGGACUGAGCACCACACCCUGCUGGAGCUGGGCAUCCUGCCCAAAGCCAGGCAGGCUGGCUGCCUUGCCCAGGGGCAUGUAAGCUGUGCCUGUCACGUGUGUCAGCAGGUGAAUGGGCCUCUGUCCCAUGUGGGAGGAGGUUUUGUGGUUUUGCCCCUCGUUCUUGGGUGAGGUUCCCUGGGAAUGGAUGUUCCUUUGGGUGCAGCAUCUCCAAAGCCCUUUAUCAGCAGAUGUGUUUUUGGGACUCCACUUGCUGUGUUGGCCAAACUCUCCAGCAUGGAUUGGGAGGGGAUGGAGUGAGGCACAGUUUUGGGUACACUGGUGCAUCCAGGUCCCCACUGCUGCCCUGACCAGCAUGGGCAGGAGGAGAUGCUGGCUCAGCUUUAAACACUGGGGUUUUGUCAGUGUAAUUUGGCACUGACAGGUGUGUUGGGAACAGGUGACAAGCAGUGACACCAAAUCCAUUUGGCUUGGUGCCACCUUCCUCACAAACCUUGCUGGCACUGCCACAGCAGCAGGGCAGGAUGGCAGGAUGGGGAGGAUGGAUCUGGGGUCGUUUGGCUGGCAGUGUUGCCUUGGGGGUGAAGCUGUGGGGCAGCAGCUCCAGCUGGGAAGCAGGAGUGAUGCCAUCAGGGGGAGAGGGGUGAGAUGCACAGCCAGGAUUUUCCUCAGCUGUAUGUAGGGGAUGAGGCAGGGGCUAACCAGCCCAGGUGUCCAGCAGGAACAACCCAGAUUAACAGCACUUUCACGGUCGGGUGUUACAGGAGCCCUCACUAAAAUUAACCCGAGGCUUUUGUAGCAGCCAGGUGGAGCUGCUGGAGCCACACGUGGUCACCCUGGGCCAUCCCAGGGGCCCUUCCCAGGCAGUUCUGCAGCCUCUCAGUUUUCCCCUUGGAGCUUCUGAUCCUUGAUUUUCCCUGUGAAUUUUGUCAAGCCCUUUUAGCUAAACUGAUCACAGAGAUGGAAUGUUGGAAUAUAGGGAUUCUUCCCGGGAGCCGCCGUGGGAGCCCCGUGACCCAUCGGAGGGGGGACCCUGCGAGGGCAGCGAGCGGCGGCGAAGCACCGAGGAGACAGCUCUGCGGAGAGACAGCCGGAGUUACUCCGUGGUGGGACACUCCAGCCGAGCAGGAGCCGCCGCCAUGAGCUCCCGGCACUUCCCGGCCCGGACCGUGCUCUUUGAGAAGGAAUCCAACGGUGUCACGUACCGUGUGCCCGCCCUGCUCUACCUGCCCUGCGUGGCCAAGCUGCUGGCAUUCGCCGAGGAGCGGCUCAGCGCUGACGAUGCCCACGCCAACCUGCUGGUGCUGCGCCGCGGAACCAUCUACGGCAGCUAUGUGGAGUGGGAAGACAUGCGUGUGCUGGAGACAGCAACGCUGCAGCACCAUCGGUCAAUGAACCCCUGCCCACUCUACGAUGAGUUCACAGGCACCCUCUUCCUCUUCUUCAUCACGGUGCUGGGCAGGACGCCCGAAGCCUACCAGAUUGUCACUGGCCAAAACGUCACCCGCCUCUGCUGUGUCACCAGUGCUGACCAGGGCCUGAGCUGGAGCACAGCCACAGACCUGACACAGCAGGUCAUUGGCGCAACCAUCAAAGACUGGGCGACGUUCGCGCUGGGCCCUGGGCACGGGAUCCAGCUGCGUUCUGGCCGGCUGCUGGUGCCAGCCUACAGCUACCACAUCGACUGCAAGGAGUGCUUUGGGCAGCUCUGCAAGACCACCCCGCACUCCUUCGCCUUCUACAGCGACGACCACGGCCGCGGCUGGCGCUUCGGGGAGUUCAUCCCCAACCUGCAGACAGGCGAGUGCCAGCUGGUCUCAGUGGAUGAGGAGGAUGGAUCCAAUGUCCUCUACUGCAACGCCCGCAGCCCCUUGGGCUUCAGGGUCCAGGCAUUCAGCACAGAUGAUGGGGCCGUUUUCCAUGGGGGGCAGCUGGUCCAGCGGCUGGUGGAGCCCCCCCAUGGCUGUCAUGGCAGUGUCAUUGGCUUCCCUGCACCAUUGGUGUAUGUUCCCGCUGCCUCCCGGGACAAUGGGAUGCCCCUCCAGGGCUCAGCUCACCCGCUGCUCCCUGGAGUGCUCCGGAGGCUUGCAGCAGGAGGAGGUGCUGAGCUGCCCACGGGCAACCACCAUGAGCCCAAUAAGGAUUGUCCUACCCCAGGGCAUCACAAUGAUGCCCACAGUGUCACCUUGGUCCGGGGGGACUCUGCAGCAACCCCCAACCCCACUCCCUUCUUCCAAGCACCAACAUGGAUCCUCUAUUCGCACCCCACCAGCUCCAUGUCACGGGUCAACAUGGGGGUUCACCUGAGCACCUUCCCCAGGGACACCGAGAGCUGGACAGAGCCCUGGGUCAUCUACGAGGGCCCGAGCGCUUACUCGGACCUGGCUUACCUGGAGCUGCCCUACAGGGACGCGCCGGUGGCCGGCGGCACGGCCAUCGCCUUCGCCUGCCUCUACGAGAACGGGAUGAGAUCUCCCUACGAGCAGAUCUCCUUUAGCAUGUUCACACUGCACGACGUGCUCCAGAACAUCCCCCUGACAGCCGCUGCUCCCCGCAGCCACCGCAGGAAGAGGAGGAGAAGGAGCUGCCUCAUGUCCUAGAGCCUGCCCAGGCCAGCUGCCCCCACCACCCCAGUGCUGCAUCCUGGAGCAUCAACCCAAGGGCUGGGUCCUGCCACCAUCCAGCAUGGCCAUAUCGCACAGAGGUGUGUCACUGUCCCCACACUGGGGUUUCUCUCCUUUUUAUUGCUAUUUUUAAAAUUCUGUCUUGUUUGGGUGGGGAGACUUUUGCCCAAAGCCCAGCCCCAGGUUCCUCUCCAAGCAAAAACCACCUCUGCAAACAGAUACUGGGGGGCAACAACAGCAGUGCAGGGGGGAGGCAGCCAGGGGUACCCUGUGCUGGCUCAGGGGGAUGGGGUGCUCCAGCUGUGCCGUACCUGGUACCACCACCCUGCUCUGAGGGCUUUCAACCCCUUGUUAUAAAUAGUUAUGCUAUAUAAAUAUGUCAAAUGUCAAAUUAUUUCUUUUUCAUGAAAAGGCUUUUUCUCAAUGGUGUCUCUGAAGUCACUGUGAGGGUUUGGGCUGGGGUAGAGUUCUGUUCCUUCAUCAUAGCUGGGAUAGGGCUGGGUUUUAUACUUGGGCUGAUGAUAAAGAAAUGUUUGUGUUGCA